AUGGAUUCGGUGACAUCAGCACUUGCAAAUGUGGCUGCUAAUAAAGGUUAUGGAAGUCUAGUUUAUUUACGUUCCGAAAUGGCAAAAAAAAAUGGAGCAUUAAAAGAAUUUCAAGAACAUGGUGGUGUCAAAAUAUUGAGCAGAUUACUACAACAAGUUAACCCUAAAAUAACAUCAUUAGUUUUAAGCAUUCUUGGAGACUACAGUAUGAAUUCAGAGUGCCGUGAGGAAUUAUUUCAUGAUGGUGUUCUCAAAGACCUUAGUUUCAUUAUGAAUAAGGUGGGCAAGUGGGUGUCACUCUGCUGUACAGUAGAUUUAAAACAUGAAAAAAAUAGCUUGGAUGCUGUUGUACAGAUUUUAGGAAAUAGUGAAGAAAAAAAUAUUUAUAACAUAUGUAUUUUAGUGAAAUUAUUACCAGAACAACCAUUAGAUUCCAAAAUUAUAUACUCAAUGUGUAAAAUUCGAGACGCUUUAGGAUAUUUACAUCAAUCACGUUUGAUCGUGUAUAUCACUGAAAUUCUAAAAAAAGAAGAUAACCAUUAUUUAACAUUAUCAAUGUGCCUUUUAUUGCAAUACCCACUCAACCGUAUUAGAUUUGUUGGUAUACAAGACUGGCAAAGCCUAUUUUUGGACUUAAUUACCAGUACAAAUCAUACUUAUAUUGAUAUAGCAAUUAAUACUUUACCACAUUUUCAAUACUGCAAGGUUACGAUAAAAGUAUGUAUCAACUUAUUCUAUUUUGUGGUAUCACUCAAAUAA